AUGUGGAAAUCGCUACUACCAGGAGUGGCUGAGGUGAAUAGUGUAGAUGUUUCGAAAGGGAAGGUAGAUAAACAACAGGAACAAAAGGUUUUGCUGAUGGGGUUAGAUGAAGAGGAGGCUUGUAUAAAUGCAGGUUUACUGAAACAUGCUGAAUCCGAGAAAAUUCCUCAAUAUGAGUUUGAGUGGGUGGAACUCCUUGAACCAGCGCCUAUAGCAGAGGAGGAGGAAUCAGACAGCAACAGCAAAAGGCUUGUGGCCCCUGGGGAUAUUUUUACUUUGCUGUUAGUCUCCUUUCCUGAAUGUAUUGACGAUGUAUUUCUCACAGGCUGUAAGUCCCCGGACACUGAGCGGGCUGUGGGGGUGAGAGGUUUGCGACAGAAGCUGGCAUCACAGAAAGUGCCCAGUCCCAUGACAACAAUGCUCACCAGCUUGAGGACCUCCCUGCAUGGCAUCAGAAGGUGGGAGACGGAGUCUAUGGGUCCGCACCACAGCCAAUCGCAAGCUCUCGGGAGAGGCUCCAGCUUGGACCCGGCCGGGAUUAGCCAGCAAACCAGACUCAGCACAUGGACACCAGUGAUACACAGGAAAGCAAACCAGCAGCUCUUUGAUGAGAGGGUGACUCUUGUGAGUCAUUGGUUUGACCUAUGGACUGAUAAGCAGAGGAGACGGUUUCUACGCAGUGUCCUAACACGUUGCAGUAAAUCACAACUCAAGUUUAUCCAGGACUGGUUUACCGAGACUGUCCCGGUCGCUAGACUGGAUUUCACCACCAUCCUGCCACGAUUCCUGUCGCUUUACAUCUUCUCGUUCCUGAAUCCGAGAGAGCUGUGCUCCGUAUCCCAGGUCAGCUGGUACUGGAGGUUCCUGUCAGAGCAGGACUGCCUGUGGAUGCCCAAGUGUGUGAAGCAAGGCUGGUUCCUGCCCUACACACCCCCAGACCAUGAAUAUGGUGCAUGGAAACGCCAUUAUGUGGCGUGUGCCUGUAGUCUGGACUACCUCACACCCUUGGAGACAGCCAAAAUCUAUGGAGUCCUUGAAGAACCCAAAGAGAUCACAGAGGAGAGGUGGAAUGAAAAGUUUCUAAGGAGACUAAUCCAGGACAGACUGGCCCGACAGAAGAAGGAAUCUCUGAGGACACGACCCCCUUGGUUGAGUGGGAGAUGGAAUUCUCCUCGGUGUGAUACAAGACAUCACAUCAGCAGGUCCCAGACAAGCCUGGAGGACCCUCGACUGAGCACCACAUUACUGCAGCUCACGGAUAAAAAGCUCCACAUAAAUGUGACCCUUUCCCAGCUCCUGAGGGAAGAGAUCAAAUCCUCGGCUGUGUGGACGCCAGCACUGGAGAAACAGCGUGUCCUGCGAUCACUCGGAUCGCUGCAUACCAGGAAGAACUUGGCUGGAGGUGGGUCCUAUCCUGUAUUACCUCACAGCGAAGCCGCUCGAUCAGUGAAUAACAGCUCGGACCAACCGCAGGUUGUCCUCAUAUCAUCCAGGAUUCCAGCCUGGGAGAUGGUUGUGGAUUGUGUGAAAGUUGGCGUGAUGUCCGUGGUGUAUGAUCACAGCGGGACAACACUGGACAGUCUCCUGCGCCGUGUGGAAAAGGUGCUGAGAGGCCGGGGAGCGAGGAGCAUUGGAAUCGUCGCUGAGGGAGACCCAACUGAGAUCAACAUGGUCCAAGGCUGUAAAAUCAGCUCAAAGAAUCUUCAGGAUGCCAAGAUAAGAAGAUUCUGGGAGAAUCUGAGUGGCUAUGUCCUGCCGCAAGAAGAUGGGGGUCACAUCGAUAUCUUUGUCCCAUUGGCUGGAUCAGAGGCAGGAAUGGAGCUCCUUUCUCAGCUCUCUACACUGACUGCUGUGUAUUACAGCUCACCGACUGGGGUAGUGACGGGAUCGUACCAGCACAUCCUCAGUGAGUGGCUGUGGAAUGCUAAGGAUCCAGCACCCCCAGCCAUAUACUUCAACGAGGAGAAGCUGCAGGAAUGGAGCAGGAUGGCACAGGUACAGGAGGAGCUCCUGAGAACUGUUCGGAAGCAGAUGAGGCUGUAUUUCAGGCAAUUGCAGCGAGACGUCUGUGCAAGGACGAUCGGACAGCUAAUGUUCGACUCAAUGAGUGCAACCAAGGUCCAGCACAAUCAGGAAGUUGCUCAAGCUUUAACUGAAGGACUGAUCGCUAUGACAAAGGAAAAACAGGAGAAGCCUCUGGAAUUUCUCGCUGGCUUCCUUAACAGCCGAUCUGGGAAGAGCAAGUCACUAAAAGCUGCUGAAACAUUUCUGACACUAGGUGGCGGAGGGAUUGACCUGAUGAAGGAAGGUGCAGUGGGAGAAGCUGGAAGGCAGGACUACGACUCUCAGCCACUUCAGGGCCAUGAGGAGACCAACCAGGAGCUGAUCUACCUGAACAGGAGGCCAGGCGGUGAGUUUGUGGAGAAACGGACACAGGUUGCCAGGGAGACCUUGUCCAGCGAGCAGAGUUACGUACAAACCCUGGAGAUUGUGAAGGACAUUUACUGUGCUCCACUCAGAGCAGCACUGGCUUCCAACCGAGCAAUCCUGAGCAUGGCGAACAUCCACACCAUCUUUUCCGACAUCCUGUCAAUCCUGGAACUCAACAGGGAUUUAUUGAGGGACCUGAGAGACCGUCUCAGUGAGUGGGGUCCGUCGCAGUGUCUGGGAGACAUCUUCCUCAAGUUCAGCACCAGACUGACAAACUACACCAACUUCUUCAACAACUACAGUGCUAUCCUGAACAUUAUUGAUAAGUGUCGAAACACUACCCCAGGUUUCCGCGCUUUCCUAGCCAGGCAUGAUCGAUCGGCGACGACGAAAAUGUUGAGCCUUCCGGAAAUCCUGCUGACCCCCAGCAGUCGCUUUGAGGAGUACGUGACGCUGCUGUGCGCUCUGCGGCUGCACACUCCUGUCGAGCACGUGGACCGCCAUGACCUCAACACUGCCACCGCCCACCUGAAGUGCUUUCGGGAUCACAUCCGGCAGCUGAAAUUGCGCAGUGAGAGAGAUCAACAGAUAAUGGAAGCCCAAAGAAGCAUAGCCGGCACUCCUGUCCUGCUGGAGGCAAAUAGGUACCUGAUUCAGGUUCAGGAAGUGGCUCAGAUGAGUUGUCUUGAUGGAAAGAUUUGUCCUUCCUUCAGGGUUUACGAGCACAUUAACGACAUGAGUCUCUUUCUUUUCAAUGACACCCUUGUUUUCACCUCACGGACCAUCUCUCACCUGCCCUUUGAACGAAGCCCAAAGACAUCGCUCCAGUUCUCGGCAGCCGUGGCCCUCCCCAGGCUUCUCAUCGAAGACGUUCCGGACUCCAAAUACAUCCAAAAUGCAUUUGUUCUGCGAGGACCAAAACGGCAGUGGAUUUGCGCUACUGACACUGAGGAAGACAAAGUCACCUGGCUCUCCAUAUUAGAAGGUGCCGUUCGUGCUGCAGUCAAAGAGACCUGAUCUCAAGAUGACGGUUAUCAAAUCGCUGAAAGCUUUCAGCUGGGAUAAGAGCGUACGAGACUGGAAUGUACACAUAAUAGAGUUCUCAGGCUUUCCACUUCUAAUCGUGUGGACUGUGCGCAAUGUAUAUUUGUCUUAUGAUUUUUUUUUAAGUGUAACAAAAGAAAUGGUCUCCAUUUCAUGCUGAAGCUUCUAAGCCAAUGGAAUGCAACUUCUGAUGCACGUUCUUAAUGAGCAACCACUGUAAGGUUAAUUAACUGUUACCACAUGCAUAGAACUCAAAAUCCAAAAUGAAACCUGGCCUAAUAUUUCACAUUUAACAUAUGUUGUGUAUUUUUAUUCAUGCCAACAUUGUUGGUAUUUUUUAAAAGAAGCACUGCUGUCCAGUAAAGGAUCUUAGGACACAUGUUACUAGAUUUGAUGGGAAGUUUAUUGAGUUUAUUUAUUUGAGUGUCCUGUACUUCCAUUCACCAGUUAGUAGAAAAACUACUGCACACUUUUUGAUGCAAAGUGCAUCGAUUGCCUGUGGUACACAGCAGCCUAGAAGCUGAAGCAGCAGAAAAUGGAGAGCUGGAAGGCAGCAGCUCAGAUACUAUUACACAGAAUUGUUACAGCGCAGA